AUGAAUGAUAGUAUUGAUAGUAAAGAUGAACGUGAACAAGCACUAAUUGAUGUUAUUCAAGCAGCUGGUUUGCAAGAAUUUGAUCUUAUUCGUUUACUUACGCUUGCAAGACAAGCACAAUUUUGGCGUGUUUGCGAAAUAAUUUAUGCUGAAAAAAAUGAGUAUGAUCUAAUCCUGGAAUGUUAUUUAAAUGAUGGACAUCGAAGAUUGGAAUUGUUUCGCUAUAUAAGAACAUUAUGGCCAGCACUGGAUGAACGCGAACGGAGUAAAGUUCAUAGCAAAAUAAUGGAUAAUUUUCUUACCAUAAUUGAAACAGAUUCAUUUAAAGCUUUUAAAUUAUUUUGUAUAUUUUUUCAAAUGGAUUUAGGAAAAGUAUUGAAAUUGAUUGGAAAGAACGAAAAAGCAGAAUAUGGAAUUUUAAAAAGUUGCUUUGCUUAUACUGACGAUACAAAAUCUUCGUCUUCCUCUUCGUCAUCUCCGCCAGCAGUUAUUCAUAUCGACCCAUCACAUUAUUUACAUUAUAUUGAUUUACUUGCACAAAAUGAUCCAUCACAAUUGUUGUUAUUUCUAAAAAGUAAAUCUGAAAAUUAUCGUGAACAAGACGUUCUUGGUAUAAUAAGAAAAUAUCAAUCUCCUUUAUUAAUACCAUCCAUUGCUUAUUUACUGGAACGACUUGGUCAAUAUGCCGAAACGUUUGAUCUUCUAUUGGAAUCCAUGCAUGAAUGGACAACAAUCGAUCAGUUAUAUCAAAUGGCAUUAGAUUGUGUACAUUUUUGUCAACGUACAACUAUUAAAUUGAAAGAUAAAAAAGAACGCGAAGAUUUAUGGUUAAAAUUUCUUCAGAAAAUUUUAGAACUAUCAUCACAUUCAUUUGAUGGUGAACAAUCAGGUGCAUUUCGUCGUAUCUACGGUGAAAUAUUAAAUAGUAUGAUUGGUUAUGUUACAUUACCAUCGAUACUUGAACUAAUUAUGGGCACAGAUGUUGUUGAUAUAACAAAAGGUACUCGCAAACGCUCGGAUACAAAUAUUCGUAGUACAUUCGAAGUUCGUCAGUUAAUUCAAUCGAUGUUGGAAAAUUGUUCGUUUGAAUUACGCCUACUUGAAACAACACGACGUUUAUUACAACGCGAUUUAAAUGAUGAUAUUCACCAAAUGUGUACAAUUAUGAAUCGUAGUGUACCCAUACGUUUAAAUCAAUGCACAUAUUGUCAAAAAAUACUCAAUCAACAACAACAACAAGACAUUGAUAAAAAACAGGAACAAAAGAAUAAAUUUAUCAUAUUUGCAUGUCGACAUGUUUUUCAUCUGAGCUGUUUAAUGGAAAUUCAAACAGAACAAUCAAAUAAUAAUUUUUGUCCACAAUGUACUACAACGAGACAAUCAACAACAACAACCACCACCACCACCACCACAGCAGCAGCAACUACAAGAGCAGCACCGAUUAUACGCCCAGAAGUAAGACGAUUAACAUCAAUGCAUUCGGAUCAAAAUGAAAAACAAAUUACUCUAAAUAAUAUUCAACAACAAGUUGUCACGGCUAUGCUUGAAAGAAAACGCUUAAAUGCUCAUCAUUUAAAUAUAGAUGAUAAUGAUGAGAGGAUUCAAACGUCUAUUAGUAAACCAUUUUCAUCAUCAACAUCCUUACAAUUAUCGGAUAGAUGGCGAGAUUAUCUUUCAUCAUCUGAGUAA